AUGAGCCAAGAAUUACAACAGCCUCAGCAGCAAGAUCUCGUCAUCUCCAGUGAAGUACUACCAUCGACAAAAGUCGGAAAGAGUUCACAAGACGAUAGCGUUGAAGAUGUCAAUCAAAAAGAUGAUCUACCGUCAGAUAAUGAAACAAGAACAUCUAAUGAAAAGUUAAAAGCACCGGUGGUAGUUGAAAAGAAAGCGGAAGAAGGGUUAACAUCUAAAAUAGCCUCUAAUAUCAUGGCUAUUGAAGAAAACACCAAAUCUUUAAGUUCCAUUGUUAGCCCUGAGAAACUAAGAUUUUCAUUUCUUGAUGAUGAUGAUGAUUUGUUAGGUGAUGAUGAAACUGAAUCAGAUAAAGAAUCUUCUACAACAAACACAAAAUCAAGUAGUCAAAAUAGUCACAUUUCCAUGGUCCAACAAUUCCCCAUUUCUCUUUCAAGCCCUUUGGAAAAUAUUCAGCAACCUUUCCAAUUGAAAAGUCCAAUGCAAACAUCAAAAUAUCAACCACAUAAUGAACCAGUUCCUUCUAGAAAUUUCACUACUUCUCCGCUACCUUUAAAUGGUAUUGUUCAACCUAAGUUAUUUAAUCAAUUCUUACAUUCCAAUCAAAACCCUUCAUCUCUUCCACAUCCUACUUCUCCAUUUAACAGAUUGAAUAAUUCUCAAAGCCCAAUUGUAAAAAUUAUAGAUUCAGAGAAAUCUAAAACAGAUGCCUUUGAUUUCCCUAUAGAUAUUUUAGCGCAUUCACCUGUUCAAAAAAAUAAUACUAUAAAUUUGCAACAAAAUCAUGCAAAACCAAUACACGUCUCGUCAAAAAAGCCUGAUUUUCAAAUAGAAACUAAUAAUUAUCUUGGUUAUACUACUACUACUGCGACUACUGCAAACAAUAAUAAUAAUAAUAAUAAUAAUAAUAUAUUCUUUCGUUCAUCUUCACAUGCCAAAGUAAAUUAUAAGAGGCCAAUCAAUCCUUAUUCAAUUGAGCCUAAGGAUACUUUACCUCCCUUAGAGCCUUUAAAACAUCAAGGGAUUGUAUUACCUAAAAAUAUUUUCCCUCAACAAAAUAGUAUAAUAUCAACCCCAAUUAGUAAUUCUCCAAACUUGGCCACUACAAAUAUAUUUACCGAUACUAAUUCAAGAUUCAAUAAUUUUCAAAUGCAUGUUCGUAGUAAUUCAAACACGAUUAAUAAUUCAAUUAGAUCUAAUAAUUUAGCUACUUUGAUCACUUCAAAUUCUUUAGGGAAUACCAUUAGACAGCCUGCAGAUUUUGACGCAGAUCUCAUACCUUCUAUUCAAGGCAUGGUCAAUAGCAUUACUAAUCAAUAUAUUGAUAAUCAAAUUCCAAUUUCUCCAACAAAUACUACAAGAAAUAAUAAUGGUAAUAAUGUAAUGAGAACGGGAAGAAAUCAUGCAGGAUCUAUAUCAAACAUUUAUGCUCCAACUAAAGGGGGUAAAUAUGCACCUGUUGUCAAUCCAAAUGAACAAUCUUUUUCAAAUUCAAAUUCAAAUUCAAAUUCAAAUUCAAAUUCUCUAUCAAAAUAUUAUUCAAGAGAUCUAACUCAAUUGAAUAACACUGGCAUUAUUACUACAUCUAAUUGUAAGUUGGAAGAAAGAAGUAAUAAUGAAUUAUUACAAACACAAUUCCCCAUUUUUAAUUGGUCUUCUUCAACUAAUUUUGUUUAUGGUUUACCUUUGCUUCCAAUUGAUUUACCAUAUGUUUUAAAUCAAAACUCAAAUUCUAUUGAAAAUUUAAAAAUAGUUCCAAUUUCUAAUAUUUUAAAGACUGAUGGUUAUUUGGAGUCAUUCCCAGGGCCAUUAAUUAAUAAAAAAAUUAAAAAUGAUACUAUAAUUCAGUGGUUAAAUGAUUUACAAAAAAAUCAUCAUGAAUUAUUAAUCGAUUCAAAUGUUAAAAUUAUUUUUAAUAUUUUAUUGGUUUUACUUAAUGAUGAUGAUAUUGCAACAAACAAAAAUAUUAAAAUGAUGUCAAAAUUUUUAUAUAAUCAAAAUAAUUUGAACUCUAUGUUAGAACAAAAUUCUAUUGAUAAUCAAAUUUUAAAUCUCACAAAAAAUAAUUUACCAUUGAUUAGUAGUAGUAAUAUUAAUACUAAUGAUUCUAAUUCCAUAAAACUUGACAGUUUUAGUCAAUUAAAAUGUUUUGCUUAUCUGCAGAAUGGAGAUCAUAAAAAUGCUGUAAAAUUAGCUCUUUCGAAAAAAGAUUUUAAUUUGGCUUUAUUAAUUGGGAAUUUAAUGAAAAAAGAAGAAUGGUCUAAAAUUAUGGAAACAUGCUUACAACAAGAAUUUAAUAAUAACACUUUAGCCUCUUAUUGUAUCCAUCAUUUAUUAAAUGUUACUUUCCAAGUAUUCAAUGGUAAUACCAAAAAUUUGAUUGGUAAAUUAUAUAAAGAUCGAUCCCAACAAAAAUGGUUUAUUGAAAAUUGGAACAUUAUUGUUGGAUUUCUUCUAAAUAAUCUUAAUGAUGAAAUUUUUAAAACUAGCAAUAAUAAUAAGUAUGAAAAUUCAAUUCCAAUAGUUUUAAAGGAAUUCUUACUGGAAUUUGGAAUAUUCCUUGCAAAAUUUGAUCAAACCUUACCUUCGACAAUAAUUUUCAUGAUAAUACAUUUACCUUUGAAAAAUGAAAUGUUAUCAGACACUGAUAUUUAUUUUAAUAAAAUUUGUGAAAGUAAUUCCAUUUUAUCGAUACUAUUUACUGAAAUUUAUGAUUUUACUUUUAACUUAAAAUAUCAAACAAAUUUCAAUAUAUUUUUGUUAAAAUUAAAAUCUCAGCAUGCUAAAAUAUUAUUUGAAAAUAAUUUAUUAAAUAAAGCUUCAAAAUAUUUUGAUGAUAUCUUAGGUAAACUUAAAUCUAUUACUACUAAAAAUAAAGAUAUUUUAGAGGUAAGAAUUAUUGAGUCACAGAUUCAUGAUUAUCAAAAUAAGAUUACAGAUAUAAAUAAUAAAAAUGCAUGGUUAGUGAAACCGGCAAUGACUUCUGUUUGGGGUCAACUUGAUAAAUCAUUCAAUAAAUAUAUUGGAGGUGAUUCUCUUGAUGAUUUUGAAGAUAAUAAAAAUGGAAUACAAGACAUUGCUACCCAAAUGAGUUCUAGACUCAAUAGUAACGAUCAAAAUUGGAUAAAUAAUAAACUCCCAUCAUUUUCUGCAUUCAAUAAUAAUCCUUCUAACGAAUUAAAUUCAAUAAAUCAAAAUGGGAAUAAUAUUUAUUCUUUUUUCCCAAAUAUGUACUCUCCUUCUAAACUCUCAAACACUAGAUCAUUUACAAAUAUUCCUAGUGUAAAUAAAACAAAAGGAGAGUCCUUAUUUAUACCCGCAAAUAAUAUUAAUGGUUAUUUAAGUGGAACUAACUCAGCAAGAAAUAUUUUACAUGAUCAAUCACAAGGAGAGACGAAUAAUAAAAGUUUCCCAAUGGAGAAAACAAAGAGCAAUUUUGAAAAUAGAAAUCUUGAUAAAAAUAUAUUUCACAAUGAUACUUCUCUCAUUAGAAAAGUUAAUACAACUAAUUCGCCUGCUAAUAUUCCAGCAAUUUUACCUUCCACAGAAUUUAAGAAAAUUAUUGCCACAAGUCCAACUAGAUAUGUGGAAAGACAGGUUCAUAUAUCUAAUAUUAAGAAUCCUUCUUCCAAGGAUAAGAUCGUUCCAGAUAAAGUCACAAUAAAUUCAAUUUUAAACGACCCUAUAGAGCAAGAUGAGAAACAAACUGUUACAACAUCCAAGAAUCAAUUUAUUAGUAAUGCAACGGAUAAAAAUAUUUCUGUAGUAAAAGAAAACUUAGAAAAUGACUUAAAAUUUAAAGAAUCUUCAGCUGAAACCAAUAAUCAACAGUUUGAAACAUUGGAUAAAACCUCUUCACUAAAAUCAUUGUCAUUUUCUCAUAAAAGAUCAUUAUCGCAUAAUGAUGCCCUAACUUCAGCAGGAAACCCUUCGAUGAAUAGUGUAUCCACAUCUGUAAACAAUUUUGGACCGAUUAAAGAAAGUGAAAAGAUCACAGAUAACCUCUUUGCACCUAUGAUCAAAUCUAAAUCAGAAACUAAUGAAAAUCAGUUUAAACCAGUUAAAAAUGAAUAUGAAGAUAUCAUAGAGGAUAGUUCUGAUUCAGAAAGUGAAUCUGAUGAUGUCCCAGAGAAAGAAUCAAAACAGUCUAACAAUCAGCAGGAUAACCCAUACACUCACAGUCAAGUAGGAACUGUUAGUAGCAAGUUAUUUACAUGGUUCAAUAGAGUACCAAAGGCAAAACUAGGUACAUCUUCAACAUUCCACUAUGAUGAGGAUUUGAAAAGAUGGGUUCGGUCAGAGUCUGUUGAUAAUCGACCACCUCAAGAAUAUUUGAAUGUUACCAAUCUUGAUAAAAUCCAACAAACAGAAAAAAGUAUCCGACAAUAUAAUCCUUAUAACAUAAAUAUAUCCGCUACUAAUCAACUUUCCCCACAUGUCUCACCACCGCCCAUAAAUGAGCCCAUUCACCUACACUGA